UGAAGAUUCCAAUAUUUGACCCACCCUUUUCCAAAAAUUAAAAAACAAUACAUAAAAUAUUAUUAUUCCCCUGAAUAAAUUGAACUUCUUCCUCUCAACUUCCUUACUCCAACUUCAAUUCAAACUCCUUCCUCCAAACACAUAUGUAUAUAUAUACUCUUUAUAAUAUAUAGCCACCAUAGUAUAAAAACCCCAUCUUUCAACAUAAACCAAACGUGACUUCCAAUUCGGCGUUCCAGAAAUCAAGCUGAAGAAGAUGGGAUUGACCAAAGAUGAAAACAGAGUUGUAAGAUGGAUCAAAAUUGUCUUCUUCCUGACCUCAAUGCUUAUUUCCCUCGUACUCUUAUCGGCGCCGGUAGUUCUGGUGGUCGCCGACGCCCUCUUGCCCUCUGCCUUGCUCUCGGCGUCGCUGUCUCCGGCGGCCACCGUUUCUCUCCGGUCUCUUUCAUCCCUACUAAGCAACUACGACUUCCAGUCUUCCCUCAUCGACAUACCCAUCAUCUCCAUCGUCCGCUCCACCAUCAUCUUAUUUGUUUACAGCUUGUGCGACGGUCCGAGGUUGUCGAGGGGCCCGUAUUUGGGAAUCGCGACGGCCUGCUCUGUUUCCUCAUUGGUGUUUCUGUCGCUGAAGGCGUCGUACGUUUUUGGGAACGGUCGGAGAUGGACGAGCGGCGGCGGAGGGUACGGCCGGAGCAUGGAGAUGGCGCUGUUUCUGUGUUCUUUUUCCAUGGCGGUGGCGCACACGGUGGUGGCUUAUAGGAUUAGUUGCAGGGAGAGGAGAAAGCUUCUUGUUUACAAAAUCGACAUUGAAGCUGUUUCUGCUUGCAAGAAGGGAUUCUCAAGAUAUCCCAAAGUGCUCCAAGAAAGAACAAAGUAGUAACAACCAAACCUGCACAGUUUUUUUUUUGGCAUUGGACCAAAUCCGGUUUUCCCUACUCGGAUUUUAGGUAAGCUAAGAUGAAGCAAAAUAUUGAUUUACUUGCAAAAAAGGCAAGUUUGGGCAUUUGGUUAUGUGACUAAAGGUAGUAACAUUUUUGUAGGUUCAUUCAAAAAGAGAUGAGUAGCUCAAGCGAGUGAAGACAUGUGCUUGUUUUAUUUAAUGUAAAUAUAUGUAUUAUAAGUGGGAUGAGAUCAUCUCUCUGAGGUAGCUAGUGUACCUAAGCCAUGUGUAUGGAAAGUGCAUAAUGCAAGCUUGUGCACCAUCAUUUUUAGUAUAUAUGAUGAGGAUAGAUGAUGUUGCAUCACUCUGAUCCACAAUAUUAUUUUUAGUAUAUAUGAUGAGGAUAGAUGAUGUUGCAUCACUCUGAUCCACAAUAUUGUACAGUUCUUUUCUCUUUCACUUUUAAAUUAAUACAAAAUUGGCUAGUGAUUUAUGGCCCAAUUUGUGUGUUACAAGUUACAACUGCUGAAAUUGUAGAGAGGUUAGAUCGCUGAAAUAAC